GCCGCCGCGGUCACUUGAAGGAACGCGCUCGGCGCGGCGUCACCAACCGAACGCUGGUCCACUUUCGUCCGCAAUACGCAAUGUGUUUCCGGGAUAUAUAGGAAGCUUGUGUUCGUGUGUGGGGGGCAGUAUACGAGACCUUCUUUUUUUGUGGCCGCCUCUGCAAACAGCGAGUUCAACAACAGCCCGCCCGUGCGCGUUUCUGUGUGCUCAUCCCCGUACAGCCGUAUCCGUAUCCCAGCUGUUACCAUGGGCCUCUUCACACGCGCCGUGUAUUUCUUCGCCGUCACGAUGGUAGCGUCCUCCAGACCCGCGAUAAGGACCUGCAACGAGACCGUCGAGCAGCAGGUGCACGAGGCCAGCUGCCGGCUGGUGGGCCGGCUGCCGGACCGCUGGCUGCUUCGCUUCGACUCGGUCGGGGGCAGCAACGAGUCCGUGCCGGUGCUGGCCCUGGUGUUCGGCCUGGCCGACCCCACCACUCACGUCGAGAGCAGCAGGUGCUCGUCCGAGAUGACCGCCGCGCUGGCGAUGCAGGGCAUGGCCAAGGUGGCGCUGCCCGAAUCCACGGCGCGUGUGUUCUUCGCAGCCAAGGCCAAGGUCACGGCAGAACUGUCAUGGCCUGGACCUCUAGUGGACGAGCUCUACGUGGGCGGGUGGGAGCUUAUGGACAGCUCACACGACGAGGUGGAAACAACGAACGACGCUGAAUUCCUGCUGCAGGUGACUCGUGAGGCUGCGCUUACAGCGAUCCGCCGCCAGCUGCCUCGACUUCUGCUGAAAGUGUUGAAGCCCCGGUCACCGACGAUAAUGCAGUAGCAGCACCGUCGUAUCGUGGGCGAAGCUCCGCCCUAAUGAAGCUGCAGAAGUGACUAGAACCCAUUCACUGAGCGAAUGUCGCUUGAGUGACGUUGCCAAGCGUAAAGUGCGAUUGGCCAAACCUCUGUCUUCUUUUAAAGGAACAUGAUUGCUUUAGGAGCUGUUGUCGCUUAACGAACAACUUGUGCUCGUCCCGAUAACAGUAAGUCCACUGUUUUGAGCGAGAGUGUGUUAAAGUGUUAUUUUAGAUGCAUCGCACUUUAGUGACUAUGAACUGGCUUUAGUGAUUAUACAAUGGCAAACAUUGACGCCAGUGCCUAGCAAACGGGUCCUUAGAAAUGUUUAGCUGUUUCCUUGUUGUCUGCGUCGUGAGGAACUGACGGUUCAUUCAGAUAUUCAUCCUGAUGCAACUAAAUACGCGAGAGUUAUACUUUACGAAACGUAACCAAUUUUUUUUCAUUAUUGUGAGAGAGAAGGAGUGAAACCGCUAAAAAGCUACUUAGAACACCUUUGAAGUCCUGUGCAUGUUAAAACCCGGCUUUUUGGAAGCCCAGUCAAACGCCCAAGUCAAAAAAUCAAAAGCCGUACAUAUUUUUCUUUAAGUCCACCACUAAAUAUGGUUGGCGCUGCCUUCAACUACUACUACUAGGCGAAUCAGAGCAAAAACGGAGAAACACGACAAAGACUAAUAUAAGAAGAGUCUUUGUCCCGUGUUUUUGAUGUUUGCCGACUUAUGUUGCCGCGACAACAGGUCCGGCCAACAACAACUUUGCGUAAAAUAGGUACAAUAACGUGACCAAAAAUGGCCGCAUUCGCCAAAAUGGCAGCUUGCGAGAAAAGAAUCUCUGCUGGAAGAAUGCGCUGCUGCUGCGUUCCCUUUUGCUCUCUAUUUUAAUUAUGACAGAUUCGUUUGCUUGGAUGUUCGCACGUGCUUUACAAGGCGAUUUUUUUCUAAAGACACAUCUAACAUACGGGCUUAAUGUUUUGCGCUGCGGUGUCCGAUGUAUUUUAUCAACUAUGGUGUGUUUCACAAACGCUAAAAAAAAAGUGUGAGAAACUCUGUUAUUGCAUGCAGUAAAUAUUCCCGCGCAACGUCUUUAGAAAUGUUUUGCAGGAAAAAUACUUUUUGUGUAUGUUAAGAGCUAUCGCAGGUGUGGAAGGCGACAUGAAAUGCACACCAUAGGCACAUUUUCAUUAGCCUUACCGUGUGUUGCGCCGUCAUUGCCACUUAGCUUACGUAGGUACGUAACCAUUCUUCUAGAUAAGUAAAUGCAUAUCUUUAAUCACACGAUCGCUUUUACAGAGCCCCUCAACUGCGCUUGUUAAUUUUCAUAGACCUAUCACGAAUCGCUGCCACGAAGGCGCGGUAAAAUAGUGAAAGGACGAUUGUAGCAACUGAACAGGAAGUACCCACAAUCAAUAGUGUGUAAAAUACGUCAACGAUUUAAGGGAAGAAAGUACAUUUUUUCAGUGUUGUUAUGCGCUUCACUUCUCAGCACCCUCUAUAAAACAAGCCGAAAGUGACCGUAAUAUUCAGAAAUCUGCCACCCUUAUCUUGACCAAAGGAAAGCUCAGAACUUUUGAGUUUCGUGUAGGGCGCGUUACAAGCUGAAACUUCACCCACAUUGAAGUAAAUGGUCACAACAAAGAAGUGAACCUGUUGUCAGCUUGUUUAGUGUGUCUGCCGAACAAGUUGCAACUCUCACUAGAGUAGCAACAACUUUCUUUUGGUGUUCGUUGCGCACAGUAUGCACAAGUAUCUCUCACUGGAAUGGAGAUCACCUGCCUUCUGUACAAAGAGCAGAUUCAUUAAGUUCCACGAAUCCAGCAGUUACGGCUCUGCACAUUUGAGAUGCAAAUGUAGCGUGUGAACUUGGUCAAGUCCGAUGCACAUUCAUCGUUUACACAGCUCAUUAUAAAUACCUUUUCUGUAGGACAAGUAAUGGCUGUGCAAAAACUCGCGAAUGUCUCAAAAAGUGAUUUUCCGUAUGAGAAAAUUUGGCAAACAUGGUGUAAACUCUAUCGUCGUAGCUAUAGCACCCGGUUAUGUUGUCCUAUAUCGCAGUUUGCAAAUGAACCAUAUCUUUAGAAAAAGUUUGAAAUAAUGCUACCUCCACAUGUGAUAAAUUUGAAAGCAUGGUAUCUUGGCUACAGUCAUCUGCGGUUAUAUCCUACCUUUUGUAUCAUGACAGCGCACCUGAAAGGGGUCCCCACGCUACGCCCUUGAGGCCAAUGCACAAAUGCAAGUUUUCGUUCACAUAUACAAUCUCAGUGCUUUAGUUCAAUAAGCAUUUGCAUAAGUUGCAAGAGCUGUGCAUUUGUUCCAUCUCUACAGCGGGAUUCCGAGACAGUGCCACGUCUGGCUAUGAUUGCUGGCUACAUGGCAACAGUACCAAAAAAAUUGGAGGCUUAACCUUAGCGUAUCCUCAGCGUUUGGAGGCAUCUUGACCGCAUACACGCCCGGCGCAAAGACGCUGGCGCGGUUGCGGGCACAGAGACUGACGCGACGGCGUGCGUGCGCCGCUUCAUCUCUGGCGUGACGUCACAUAUCACGUGAUGCAGCGAUGGUGGCGCCGCCGCCGCGUCGCGCGCGACGGCGCGAACCGAAGCGUGGAGGCCUCCGCCGGGCGACGUCCGACGGCGCGAUAUGAGGCCCCAUCUGCAGCCGGUGUGACGUCAUCACGUGACGUCACAUCAUGUGAUCUCACUUCAGGGUCAAUGGUGGCCACCGCCGGGAGGCGACCGACGGCGCGAUAUCUGGCCCCAUUUGCAGCCGGUGUGACGUCAUCACGUGACAUCAUGUCACGUGACCUACUUGAAGGUCACUUGAAGGUCAAUGGUGGCCACCGCCGGGAGGCGACCGACGGCGCGAUAUGAGGCCCCAUCUGCAGCCUGUGUGACGUCAUCACGUGACGUCAUGUCAUGUGACCCCACUUCAGGGUCAAUGGUGGCCACCACCGGGCGUCGCGCGAAGGCCCGAAACCUACGUUAAUAUGCUUCGCAUAAAACACACCUUGAAUUCUUACACAGGACAACCCCCUCCCCCUUAUAGCUAAAAUACACUCGUAUCAAUAUCAGGUGGUUCACACUUUACCAUCAUACUCCGGACCACCAUGUUCUGCAGUUGGCUGGAUCUUUGGAUGCUGAUCAGCACCCUUUGAAAUACGUCUUAAUUUUCGCUGAGGCGAAAUACCGGUUGCCCAGCAUGAUCCCCAAGUCAUGAACUAUAUUUAGAAAGAACCAUGCGCAGCUGAUGCCCCAAAACAUGCUGACUUCAAACACGCUAUGUCUACUAAGUGCCAGACAGAAUUACACGUUCAUGUAGAAUCGUUUAUAUCGCAGCGACCAUCUUGCACUUUCGUGCUCAGAAGUCCCAUGUACAGCGUAAACACUAAUUUCUAGCCUAUAUAACUUGUUUCUUUCGAUACCACAGUUUUUCCAGUAGUGCACUGUAACAACCUUUGUGUCUUUGUCUUUGUGUGCUACUUCUCAUCUCUAUUUUCUAUAUAGUCUAGAAUCAACGAACUCCAGCUUAAGAUAUAUAGAUUCAGAAAUAGCUUCAGAAAUAGUUUCAGAAUAUAGUGUCAUUGCUUUGUGUGCGUCAAUAAAGGAACAGUGUUCUCUCCAAAAAUGCACCUUUCUUUAGUGCACAUAAUCAUGUAUUCACUCUUUAUAAAAUCUUUUUGAAAUGUUACAAUGAAUAAAUGAUAUAAGUAGGCCGGCCUAACACUCUUGUUGGAGCUUUGGAGUGGUUUGUGGAACUUUGCUUAAAAUGUGCCUAUGCAUCUUUUCUCAAGAUCAAUGCAAUGGCCAAUUGAAUGUCCCACACAGCGUCCAAUGGUAGAUCGAACCCAUUUCCUUGUCAUAUGCAAAGCCCUCAAACAAUUUAAUGCAGUUUAUUUUGUGUGUCAGGCCUUCAAAUAUGGAUGCGAUUAGCUUUGCCCUUUCCGCACGCCUGCUUUGAAGUCAAUCUAAAUAGACUUCUAAUAGUUCAAAGUCCCUACACGCGAACUUUGACCACUCGCACGCACGAUUGUGUACUCUACAAGCGUUGUGAGCAAUGUGAACGCAAGAAGCACGAGGUAAAAUCAUAGCUGCCCAUUUUUCCAAAUUUUUCGCUAGCAUUGCUGAUUGGGAAUGCUGUUCACAAAUGCUUACGGCUUUACAAAUUCUGCGUGAAGUUUUGAGAAAAAUGCUGUUCGCGAAUAAAUGUUUCGUUCGUCGGACACCGCACUUCCUGUUGGAAAUGUCCCUAUGGUGAAAGGGUGCAAGAGUGGCGCUUGCUUCGAGCAAGUUGAUACGACUUCCUGAUGCAGGCGAAAUCUACAAUAGCAAAAUCACUGAAAAACUUCAUGUGAUGUAAAAAUCAAUGCGUUGCUUGGCAUUCUUGGUUGUUCCAGCUUGACUGCUGCUGCUUGUGUAUGGUGUGUAAGGCUAAACCAUUAUUAUUAAAGUGCGUACGUAUCGCCCAAAAAGCAUGUACUCCAAGGUAGCGUUCAUUGAAUACAGUCUGUCGCCCCUUCCUACUAGUAUCAUACCCCAAGAAUUUGCAUGAAUUUUAUAGUUCGAUGGUUUCCAGGUAGGGUAAGACGGUUGGUGUCGAUGACAAGGUGUCUACUUAGUUUUUCACUUAGCUGCAAGCAUCGAUUCUCACUGCCCAUGGUCCAUCGUUAGAAGAGCACGGCGCUUAUCUCGCACCCGACCUCAAUAAAAGAAGCACUCUCUCUCAACACGCUCAGAUUUAUAUGCACAUAAACGAGGAGCAUCUGUGGUAUGAACCAAUGCCAGAACGCUCUCGCACAACAAACUUC